CAGUAGCACCUUGAUGUUAUAGCAAACCUGAUCCUUUACUGAGUCAUGCACUAAUCAAACCACAAGGACUUUGAAUAAGACGCAGUGAGCGCAAUGGGUCGCGGGGCGUUGGUUUGGUGCGCAGGCGUUGGAGGAGUUUGGUGCUCCAUAAUAGCCACGGCUUUACUGCUGGCUGCCCUGGUCUCUCCUUACUGGGCAGUCACGACUGAACCCAUUCUCCUUGAUGACCCUCAUCCUUACUACCCAGACAUGUCAUUUCGCUUGAAUCACCAUGCCUUUACGUUUGACAACCAAAAGCUUCACCAACACCAACCUCUUCGUAGCCACGGUUUCCUUUUCCACCCAGAGACAUAUCCAGUCAAUCAGCAAAUGUAUCGGCCAUUGGACGCCUAUUCCAUGACAACUUUACCGUCACAACAGCAACUGGAAUCGUCCAAUCGUGACGCGAAUAGUUACUUCUCGGCCGGUGAAAAGGCGGACAUUGAGGACCAACACCAAAAUUUUAAUUAUAAAGAAGAUUACCUGCAAAAAUUCUCAUCUAGAAGUGAACAAUUUCCAGGUUAUACUAAUCAAGGAGUUUUUCUACAAUCAAGCCGCCGCCAGUUGUCAAGGGUGAAAAAACAAGUGGGAACACGAGAAGAUCAUAUAAACCAAGAAUCACUUGACCAAAACGAAAGUGCGAGAACAAAAUCUUAUGUAGUUGUAGAAGAUAAUAGUGACAUUGUUUACAAAGGUGUCAACAUAACAGAGUGGAUAAAUCCGUUCACCCGUCUGAACCGACACAAGUCGACAGAUCUUAACUUCAGUCACCGAAACUUAACGAAAUUUGCGGCAUGGGCUCCGGCAGUCGACGGUGCCGCUGCAGCGAGCUCUUAUUCCAGCAAUCCGUCUUUUACCACAAAUAUAAAUUUAAAACAUAAUUUGGAAUAUGAGUUUCCACUUCCCGAGCCCGGCAGGUCAAUUCCUUUGAAGCGUCUAGAUGAAAACCUGUCUCCGAUUUUCCACCAACGAUUAAACGCCCAGUUGCAAAACAAAGAACUCAUCAACAAUGCUGAUGAAAAGACUUCAAAUACUCACGAUUCGACCCUGAGCCAAGACCCUGAGAGAUAUACGACUCAUGGACCACACUUCUACCAACCUGAAACUCGGGUUCGUUUUAGGCAUAAGACUCAGCGACCUGAAUUGUGGGACCGAUAUCGAGAUGGAAACUCAAGACUUGAAUCUCAAGGCCCAGUGAACACAGAUACGCAAGACCAAAAGCUCCGCUAUACUGGCAGUUAUAUUGAGAGCAAUUCUGACAGCAAUAUUGGCAGCAACGCUGGCAGAAAUACCGGUAGCCACACCGGCAGGGUGCAAUCAGCGGAGCUUUACCAGGACGAUUACGAUUCAGGCGAGCGGCCUCGCAACGACCACAAGGUGUCGACGGUGGCCUUCAUGCUCGGCCUUUGGAGUGUCUGCCCGACCCUCAACGUCUCUUCUAUCAACAUUAUGCUGCUGACACCGCGCUGUGCCAGCGUCAGCUACGUAACGUCGCGUGUCAGCGAGAGGGACUGGGGUUUGCCUGGCCCCACUCCCCUCACCCUCACCGUCGUCGCUAGGAUCAGAAUCAGUACGCCGUUCCUGCUGACAUCGUGUGCGCUGUUGGUGUCAGGAACGGUGCUGGCGGUGGUGGGCCGCUGCUGCCAGCGUCAGGCCGCCCUCCUGGCAACGCUCCUCUUCACCCUUGCCGGUCUGAGCACCGGCGUGGCGGUGGUUUGGUUCCUGUCGGUGAUUACUGAGGAGUUCGUGGCAACGGCGCGUCAAGGCACCGCCUGGUCCAGCCACUACUCUUUCAGGUACGGCUGGUCGCUGCUCAGCGCUGCCGCCUCAGCAGGAGCAUCAUUCUUGGCCGCCCUCUUCACUGGACACGCUCACAUGGCCAAUUUCGCACCUUGGCAUCAAGAAAAACUUUCCGGAAGCGGAGACGAACAAAGCACUGGAAGAACCAUGAUGAUGAAGUGUCGAAGUGAAAGUCACAUAGGGAGCGGGCGGUCGUUUACUUCGGACACGAUUCGCACCUACCUUACGAACGAUUCUAGGAGACAGCUUCGUAGUCAGUCGUCUUCUCAAGGCUGCUUCAUCGGUACCACGUCGUCACAGAGUUUCAAUGAUUCGUCGUCUCUUGUUGACCUCACCAAGCCUAGCAGCAACGACACAAUUAACGAGCAAGACAUUCAAGACAAUGCGAUCGAAGUCGCACCUCCGUCACUUCACUGCUCGCGACACGAAACGCCAGCCAGAAGCUCACAAUUCCCUUCCGCGGGCACCAUUCCUCUCUGCCCAGAGUACGUCAACGCAGAGGAGUUUCAAGUCACCAGCGCGGACACAUCUGAUAUCGAUACUGACCACAACACAGUGUAUCAAAAUACCAUUGAAGCACUCCAGCGACAAACAUCCUUACAGGUUUCUUCACAUCGUGACACAAGUUCUGAUAACCAAGUAGAUGGAUCCUUAACCCUCGCCAACGAUCCUUCCAAUUAUUCUGACUUCAAUUCGACUAAUUCUUCUCCACCUGUCGAUGAUGGUGACAAUCUUCCAUCCCCUCCCGCCGUUGCUUCCACGUCUAUGUUCGUAUCGAGGACGCUCCCCCGACGAUUAUUUUCCAACAGUCCCGGGCUUCCUAUGACCAACUCGUUCAACGAGCAACACCUCAAUCAUGACGACCAGGAUAACGGAUCUCUGGAGAGUUCCUUCACUGAAGUUGAACCUCCAGAUCUUUUCAACUCGAAAAAGAAGCCCGACAGGAUGAAUUUCAGCAAUACGUUGCCACAUGGAGGCAAACAUGUCGCGGUCUACAGUAAGAGAGGCAACGUGAGGGCAGCCACCCUGACCGACGGAUCAGCAUAUCAUUUAACACAUGUUUAGACUUACUUCUCCCAGUCUCUUUGUGCGCCUAUGUGGAGCUGGUAGCCAUUCAUUAUCUCGUAUUUAUGUAUCAAUGUAUUUUUACAAUUAUUUGAAAGUGAUGAUAAUAAGUGAAUGCAAGUUUUUGUAAUUUUUAUUAAAUGAGAGCAUCAUCUUCAGUUGUCCAUAUGUGAAUAGAGAAUAAAUUCAAAUCGUAAUUAUUAGUUCACACUUUCAUAUUUUAGUAAUGUGAACCAUACUAUACAGCAUAAUAUUUGGUCGUACUACAACCUAGAACAAUCUGAGUUCCUCAAAAUUCAAUAAAUCAGUUCCUAUUCAAACAAUUUCAAAUUUGUUUGAAUUUAGAUUUAAAACCAAUAAUAUAUCAGCUUAGACCAUUUAACCUUAGAAAAAAAAACAAUAAUAAGAAUGGUAAACUGUAAGCUUGUAUAUUAUUCCUGUGCCUGUUUCUCUCGCGUGAAGAAAAU